UUUUGGGAGAAAGUUUACUUUCGGGGCUUUAGUCCCAGGAAGCCAAAUACCUAAGUUUACAAGACUUAAAGUCUUCAUUCAGGGAGCAGCUUGUGAAUAUGUGAAGAGACGUGUGUUAUCUGUAAAAGUCUUUACACCUUUAAACUCUCCGAGCUGUGAAAGCGCAGAGACGACUGCAAUCAAUGAGUCACUCUGACUUGUUUUUCUUGCUCCCGCCUGAUACAGGAAGUCACGACUGUUAACCGCCAGCAAAGUUUGUUUGACUUUGUUCGGUCGGAGGUGUCAUGGACAGGCUGCGGUGUGUGCUGCUGGUGUUCUGCCUGCAAAGCCGCUGGUGUCCCCUUAGAACUCUGGAACAAGGAAGUAUGUAUGAAACGUGACCUGAAGACAGAUACUUCCUUAACCGGGACGUGUCUGUUGAAACCUUCGCAAACAACCAGAGUCUGAUUGAUUUGUCAUCAGCGGCUCUGCGCUUUGCCGUGCUCGCCGACUGGGGCGGUGUUCCCAUCCCGCCGUACUACACCCCUCACGAGGAGGCCGUCGCCGCAGAGUUGGACUGGCUGGCCCGGACGCAGGGGAUGGACUUUGUCCUCAGCCUGGGGGAUCACUUCUACUUCAGCGGCGUCCAGAAUGUGGGAGACCCCCGCUUCAAGCACACAUUCGAGGGAGUCUUCUCUCAGCCCGCUCUGCUGCAGAUCCCAUGGUACCUGGUCGGCGGGAACCACGACCACAGGGGCAACAUCUCCGCUCAGAUGGCGUACUCCAACGUGUCCCACCGAUGGAAUUACCCCGCUCUCUACUAUGACCUCCGUUUUAAUGUCCCACACACAAACGUGUCAAUGAGCGUUCUGAUGAUUGACACCGUGACCUUAUGUGGAAACACCUACGACCAACUUCAGCCCUCCGGACCGGAGGACCGCAGAGCGGCGGAGCGUCAGUGGAGCUGGAUCAGUGCCACGCUGGCCAGCAGCCGGUCGGACUUUGUUUUGGUGGCUGGUCACUUUCCCGUGUGGUCCAUCGGCCACCACGGACCAACGUCCUGUCUGGUCGACAGACUGAGGCCCCUGCUGAAGAAAUACAGAGUCACUGCGUACCUGUGUGGCCACGACCACAAUCUGCAAUUCAUCAGAGAGGACGACGGGAGCUCGUACGUGGUCAGCGGGAGCGGGGUGGUCAGCGACCCGGCCACCAGCCACCGUGCCAGCGUUCCUCAGUCGUGGCAGCUCUACUCGAGCCCCGUCAAUCACACGGUGGGGGGCGUGGCUUACUUCCAGGUCACCGAGCGGACGAUGACGGUCGGCUUCAUGCAGAUCGACGGGAAAUGCGUUUACCAGAUAGAGCUGCCGACCCGCGGAGCCAGCGUCACGCUUUAGUCACGGUUAGAACGAUUGUCGUAUUAUUUAUUCAUGUGGUCAAUAGAAUUUCCCACAUA